CUAAUUAGUUAAUUUGGCUAUUUGUAUCUAUGCUUUGAUCCGCCCAGUUUUUAAUUCGUAACUGAACUGAAUAUAAAUAAUCCUGAUGUUAAAAAGAACACAAGCUUCAAUUCAACAUAACCUGUCUUCUCUUCUUAGAAAGGAUUAUUUUUUCCAAUUAUAUGAAAUUUUAAAUUAGGUCUCUUUUGGCUGAGCUUUUUACAACUUUGAUACAAAGAUUGUCAGAUUAUUAACACGACAUAAUUAUAUGAUGCCAGACAUCUCGAAUUAUGAUUGACUCUAAAUUCCAUGAGGGUUGGUUUUAUUGUUGAUGUUGAUAUUUCAUUAUGGGUUGGUUUUAUUUUUAAUGUUGAUAUUUCAUGUUAUUUGCAUUUGAGCUAGCAAAAGACAUCUCUAUGCUUGGCAUCCUAAUUGGUUUAGAAGUUUUCUCCCCCUGGAAUUCUAUGGGGUUCAGCUUAAUAUGCUUCUCUCUCUACUCCACGAGCUUCCAAACUCUUAUUCUGUACCAGAAACCUCUGCAGGCAUCAGCAGCAACAACUGAUGCUAGUUGUGAGUCUGCAGCGACUACCCCUCGGCAUGCUCUCAAAGAUGCUAACAACCCUGCAGGACUCCUCUCCAUUGCGGAGGAGACUUUGGCAGAAUUCCUAUCAAAGGCCACAGGUACUGCUGUCGAUUGGGUCCAGAUGCCUGGGAUGAAGCCUGGUCCGGAUUCGGUUGGGAUCUUUGCCAUUUCACAAAGUUGCGGUGGAGUGGCAGCUCGAGCCUGCAGUCUUGUUAGUUUAGAACCUACAAAGGUAAGAUCUCGCAGUUCUAUUUCUUUACUCCUCUAGGUCUUUAUUCCAAGU